UGGACUGUUUCCUCAAGGGCAGCAGGAUCCAGUAGGAUCAGGCCUGUUCACCAUGCUCCAAGCCAUGGUCUGGGCCCAACGGUGCCUGUCUCACUCAAGCACUGGGUUCUUUGUGAGAAUGCAGAGCAGCAGUGUAGCCCAGAGCGGAGUCCUGGCUGAGCGCAUGGCUGUGCUCACAGGUCCACUGACGGGUGAGAUUGGCUUUGCCAUCGCCCGGCGUCUGGCCGAGGAUGGGGCCCACGUGGUCAUCAGCAGCCGGAAACAGCAGAAUGUGGACCAAGGGGUCCUGUUACAGGGGAAGGGGCUGACCGUGACCGGCACUGUGUGCCAUGUGGGGAAGGCGGAGGAUCGGCAACAGCCAGUAGCCAAGGCCCUGGAGUACUGUGGAGGCGUGGAUUCCCUGGUGUCAGCCCCCGUUGGGGAGCACUCUGGGGGCAGUGAACAGGUAUGGGACAAGAUCCCGAAUGUGAACGUGAAGGCCCCAGCCCUGUUACUGAGCCAGCUGCUGCCUCAAAUGGAGAAGAGAGGUGCUGCUGUCGUCUUCGUUUCUUCCAUCUCAGCUUAUAGUCCACUGUGGUAAUUAGGCGCCUACAAUGUCAGCAAGACAGCCAUGCUAGGUCUCACUAGAACACUGGCACAGGAGUUGGCUACCAAGAACAUCUGGGUGAAUUGUCUGAUUCCAGAAGUUAUUAAGACCAACUUCAGCAGAACGGUGCAUAGCAAUGAGGCUCUCUGGAGUCAGUUAAAGGAGCACUAUCAGAUACAGAGGAUUGGUCAGCCUGAAGACUGUGUGGGACUCGUGUCCUUCUUGUGCUCUGCAGAUGCCAGUUGCAUUAAUGGGGAGAACAUCACAGUGGCCGGCUUUUCCUCUCGGCUGUGAGGGCAUUGAAGGGUUGGUCAUCAGAGG